AUGAUGCUCAAACUGGAACCCUCGAAGUCAGUCGCUCAGCGACCAGUAGCGUAUGCAAGUAAGGUGAUGCCGACAAAACAAAUGCUUAUUAAUAUGGAGACAAUUUACAGUCUUAUAUAUUUUCCGCUUUGCAGGAUUAUGUCCCAAAUAUGUAGUGUCAGUUAAAUUACACUUGCAGACGUGAUUAUAAUUAUGAGGUAAUUCGCUCAUAUUCACGACAUAAAUUUUGGUAGUAAGUGCAAAACUGAACCAGCCAAGAUGAGAUUUGCAUAGGCCUUCGUGUGUUUCACAAUCAUCUCUGUCUUAAAUUUGUAAGUAAAUCUUUCCUUCACAAGCUGGACAAUACGUCAUCCUUAAUGGUUUCCUGAAAGGAGAACAGGCAGGCAUUGUGUGGAAGUCGGAGCUUCCCACUGGUCGAUGCCCUGUUGGAAUACAAUACAAAUUAGCCGGCACUCCGGAGUGUAAGUCAAAGUCAUCGUUUCAGUCAUAAACACUUUGUUGUACUUUUUUUUCCUUAUUACUCUUCGUGCCAGUCAUUAGCGAAGUCGCUUAUUUAACUCUUAAGUAUACAUAGAUGGCAAUAGGCAGACAAAUGCUUAUCGAUUUGAUGAAGUGUAUUUUGAGUCAGGACAUACAAAGAAAUAACCGGUUGUAAUUUUAACAGCUUUACGAAUUACAUCUCAAAAAUAUCGCAUGCUAUGAUUUUUCCUCCAGAUCCACCGCUGCCUUCGGGAGCAGUAUCUGUCUUCGCGAAAGAAGUCCUUAAAAAUGAAAGGCUCAUCCAUAUUCUGAUUUUCAAUGGAAAACGAUUGGUAAUCAUCGGAAACCAAUUUAAUUAUUGCAUCUAUGCGACCUACAUGAGAAACGUUAGUGUGUAGGAAUUAAGCUCAGGAGCCCAUGUAAUUAACGCAGUUGCAUGUGUUACUGUACAGAGGAUGUGCUAACUCAUGAAAUGUAAAUCAAAAUUUCGAAAUGCGUUCUCGUUUCGAAAAGAUAAAUUAAGCAGUGUUGCAAAACUAAUCAUGAUGCAGCAUGAAUCUAUAAUGAUCCAAUUACCGCAGGGUGUCGGCAUUCGAAAGAACAUAUUAUCGGCUGCAUGCAAGAUCCAUAUGCUGAAAAAAUGACUACUUAAUUAGCAUGCAAUUUUUUCACUGAUUUUCGAUGCCCUUGAAAAUUUAAUUAUAUUUCAUGGAAAGCUUGCAUAAAAAUAUUCAAUUUUUUACAUAUUCGGUAGAAAAUCACGCCUUCUUCCAAUUUCAUACUAAAAGAAGAGUAUAAUUCGGUUUUAAAAAAUUUCUAAUGAUCAGAUUUUUUAAUACCGUUAAAUGGCCUUUCAUGAAACGUCAUGUAUCUGCAUUUAAGAAUGUUGCUUGCAAAGUUAACAAUAUUGCUCAAAUCAACUGCUUAAUUUUAUGAACCUCAUAUGACCUCCCCUUAACAUCGUAGAGAAAUGCAUGGAUUUCCAUACACGGAAAAUAUACAGCUUAUACUUUUGAAACCCUGAAUGCAAGUGUAACAGCAGGUCGGGUUCAUAAUUAUUCGGGAAUUAGGAAAGUUUUUUGAAACCGAAUUAUACUCUUCUUUUAGUAUGAAAUUGGAAGAAUACGUGAUUUUCCACCGAAUAAGUAAAAGAAUGAAUAUUUUUACGCAUGCUUUCCAUGAAAUAUAAUUGAGUCUUCAAGGGCAUCGAAAAUCAAUGAGAAAAUUGCAUUCUACUUACGUAGUCAUUUUUUGCAAAUUAUAGAUCUAGCAUGCAGCCUAAAAUAAGUUCUUUCGAAAGCCGACACCCUGCGGUAAUUGGAUCAUUAUAGAUUUAUGCUGCAUCAUGAUUAGUUUUACAACACUACUUAAUUUAUUGUUUCGAAACGAAAACGAAUUUCGAAAUUUUGGUUGACAUUUCAUGAGUUAGCACAUCUACUGUAUAUACUAUUGUGAACUGAACAAGAAUGCAUCAUUAGUAAAUACAUUAAUUUUAUCCUUAUUAUCUCCAUGUCAAGUAGAUGCAAUGUGUUUGUUUAAUACUUUAGUCUAUUUCAUUGUCCUCAUAAGUAAGCGUCUCAUCAAAGGAAUAACAACAGCGGCACCAUUUCAUGUUCGUAACCUUUUAGAGCCUAUCCCAUAUCGGGAACAUUUCUGUGGAAAAAAGGGAUGACAAUAUUAUAUCACUCCUAGGUUUGACCGGUAAGUGCAUAAUCCGGUGUUCCGAAAGAUUUCAUACAGGUCAUGUCCAAUGGAACUGAUCUUUGCAAAACACUUUGAACCACAGUUUCCAUAUUAAACCCUUUUUGCACAUAUGCAUGUGUGUUUUCAGGAGGGGACUGGGACAAACUUGUACUAUUUACGGGACAUUUGGGAAGCCAAACGCGACAAAUGGAGAUAAAGUUUACGACUGGCAGGAUUACUCGUGUUACUAUAAAUCCUUCCAAUAAAUCGGAGGCCAUAGCCCCAGUCUUAACAUUCAUUGACUACGAGCACGCCUUCAAGUGCACAAAGAAUUAG